AGUAGUCGCUCUCACAGUUGCCUGAUUGUUCAUGUUCAGGGAAGAGACUUGAUGUUAGGAACUAUUCUUUGUGGCUGUAUGCAUCUUGUUGAUCUGGCCGACAGUGAGAGAGUAGACAAAUCUGAGGUCACUGGAGAUAGACUAAAGGAGGCACAACAUAUUAACAAAUCACUCUCUGUUCUAGGGGAUGUCAUCUCUUCUUUUGCCCAGAAGAAUCCACAUGUCCCUUACAGGAAUAGUAAACUAACAGAACUUCUUCAAGACUCACUUGGGAGGCAAACCAAGACACUAAUGUUUGUUCACAUUAGCCUUGAACCGGAUGCUGUUGGAGAAACAAUUAGCACAGUUAAAUUUGCAGAGCGGUUUGCCACGGUAGAACUUGGUGCUGCUCAUGUAAACAAGGAUAGUGCAGAUGUGAAAGAGCUGAAAGAACAGAUUGCUACUCUUAAGACAGCUCUGGCAAGGAAAGAGGGAGAACCAGAGGACAUGCAACAUUCAUUUUCUAACAGUUCUGAAAGAUACAGAACAAAAACCAGUGAUUUACCACCUUUUCAUUGUAAAAAGCAGGCUGGAGAUAUGUUAGAUGAUCAAAAUAGCUGUAGGCAACCAAUGUGGGAUGUAGGCAACAUCGAGGCACGCAACAAUUCCAUGAUGAGGCAAAAGAACCAAAGCUUUGAUCUUGAGGAGUUACUAGGGAAGUCACCUCCUUGGCCUCCAGUCAGUAGUGAUGUGCAAAAUUAUGUGGAGGACGACAAAGACAUUGGCUCUGGUCAGUGGGUAUAUAAGGUUAUGGUGAAUAAGCAAGAUAUUGUACCCAGAGUUCGAAACCCUUUAGGAUGUUGGGAAACAGAGAAUAGGAACUUGCCUGAUGCUUUCUACCAAAAACUUAUUUCAGAUUCUUCAAAGCUAUUCCCGGAUCAAUCAUAUAACAUAUUCAUGGCAAACAAUUGUUAUGACAUUGCUAAUAAUGAUGAUUUGCAUGAGGAUGCUGCCACCGGUGCUUCUUUUGAUGCCGAUUUGCUUUGGCAAUUCAAUAAAGCAAAAAUAACUAGCAUGAUUAAUGGGAUUGAGUCAAAAAUCAUGAAACCUAAUACAAAGCCAACAAAUAGUCCAGAACUAAGGAAUUUGAAUUCUACUGUGGGCCCUUCACCAUCAUGGAAACUAUCAAAUGGGGUUGGGACCCGACAGCACAGGAAUGGAAGGCACCCAGUUCCCGCAUAUGGGAAGCGAAAAAUUAGGAAUAGAAAUUAA